GUACGGUUUCGUUGGAGCGGCUCGCGACUGCGAUUGAGUCGCAGCAACGACUGCGACUACAGUCGCGGCACUGGUUUUAUACAAUUUAUGCAUAUACGGUUUGGUUGACGCCGUUCAGUCGCAGACCGCUACGUUCGAGCCGCAGCCGUUGCGACUCGACUGCUCCUGGACCAGUCAAAUCGCAGUCGUUCAGUAAAAAUGGAGAAAUUCAAUGCAAAUGAGGAUGAUAUAUUGAUUGACGAGGUUCAAAAAUAUCCCGCUAUUUUUGAUUACGAGCAUGAAAACUACAAAAAUUUUAUAUGCAAAGAGAAUGCCUGGAAAAAAAUAGCAUGUUCGGUAGGAAAAAGCAGUGACGAUUGCAAAAGGCGAUGGAGAAACAUCAAGGAUACCUAUUUUAGAAACAGAAAAAAACGUAAAUUGGGGACCGGUUCAGCAGCAUCUGAACGAGUAAUAAAGUGGACCCUUUACGAUCGGCUUUCCUUUCUGGAUGUUAUUAAGCAUGAACGAGAAUCAAAAAAUACCUUGACGGAAGAAGAGGAAACUCCAGCUUACAGCGAGACGGACUACGAAACCCAACCAACCGAUGAAUCAACAUUAGACGAUUCUGAUUUACUAGACGAAUAUUCAACCCCAUCCACAUCUCGUCGAACUUCAGACGCAAUGAAAUUGAAUAAAGGGCUGAAUAAGAAUCCUUUUCAACAAAACUGUGGGAAAAGAUCGCAGCCCCGAGUGUCAAAACUAAAUACCAUGGCUCAAUUUGAAGAGAGAGCUCAGAAGCGAAGGAGCUCCUUGAAUCUAUCCACAAAAAAAACAUUUCAAAUUCAGAAGAUGACGUAGAUUUGUUCAUGAAAAGCAUUAGCUUCACCGUUAAAAAAUUUCCACCUGCUGAACUGAAUGAAGCAAAACUUGGUAUCCUAAAACUCGUAAGCGAUCUUCAGCUCAAAUUAGCAACACAAAAUUCAUCUCAACAAACUCCAGCACAUAGUUCACAACCAACCUCACCUGCCGAUAGAUCAAAUUCACAUUCUUUGGGUACAAAUCAAUAUCAACUAAAUGGACCUUUCAAUCUGACUGAGACUACGUCACAUACUACUGCUAGUACUAGUCAAUAUAAACUACAGAAUGGAUCUUUUCAUCUGGCUGCGACUGAGUCGGAUAAUACUGCUGGUUCAUAUUUUAAAAGCUAUAACCCAGAACAACAGAAUUCAUCAAUUUCAAAUGUUUCUGGAUUCAUGGCCUCGGAGCAAAACUCGGAAUACGAACUACGAUACCAGCAAUUAAAUUAGUUACAUUAGUUAGUUUUGGUUAGAUAUGUUGUAUUCUAAGCUCAUAAUAUAUUUUGUGUUCUAACUGUAUC